GUACUAGUGGCUGAGAGAAGUUUCAGCUACAGAAAUAGAAGCACUACUUUUAUCUCUUUUGCCUUUAUCAAGGUUUCUUAACACAAAUUUACCUAGCAAACCAAACACGCCUUUGGCUACUUCUAAAGAAAAUGCUAGAUGAAUUCAACUUUACAGAAACACUUCUUUUAAAUAUACAUCUUUAAUAAAAGCUCUAAAGCAAGUAAAAAGAAAUAUUGAAUAGAACAAUUAUGUGAAGCUAAAUGAAAGUAAAGGUGUUUGUGUUUUCCCCAUCUCAUAAAGGAAACCCACCACAAUUUCUAUACCUUGCCUCCUCUUUAAACCCCACUCUCUUCUUUCAGCCUAAGUUUAGCAUCCAUUUCCUCCUUAACCACCAAGCAAAAUCAUUCCCAUUCGCCCUCUACAUAAGAGGAACGUUCACAACUUCUCAUCCAAUUGUGUACACCACAAAGAAAUUUCCUAUCUUCAUUUUGCAAGAGCAAGAGAGCAAGAAAGAAAAAAGACAUACAUGGGUGCUGACUGGGGACCUGUGGUGGUGGCGGUGGGUCUGUUCAUCCUCCUAUCACCAGGUUUGCUGUUCCAGGUGCCAGCAAGAGCCCGGUUUGUGGAGUUUGGUAACAUGUGUACUAGUGGGAUAUCCAUCCUGGUUCAUGCUAUCAUAUAUUUCUGCAUAAUCACUCUCUUGAUCAUUGCUAUAGGGGUUCACAUACACAUGUAAACCACAACUUCCUUUCAAUUUGUUUUCCUGGAAAUGAAAAGCUAAUGUUCUGUUUUAUUUCUGAUCCCUAAUCCAAUUUUUUUCUGCUGUUGUAAGGGUCUUUCCUAAGAUCUUGGCUUAAUUCGUUUUCCUUUUUUGCAUUUAUUAUGUGGAGAACAACUUCAGUUGUUUUCUAAUGGGUUUCAAUUCCUGUGGUUUUGGGGCAUAAAAAAUAAAAGAAUUAUUCAUCU